CGGGUGCGGCGCAGCGGCGGGCACGGGUCUGGCGGCAGCCGGUGUCAAGGGUUGUUUUUCCAGUAAUUUGGACCUUUUUGAAGCACCUGCUUGCCUAAUGCCAUGAAUAUUGCAGUGAAUCAUGAGGAAGAAAAAGCUGUCCAUUCCUGGUCAAGAAUUUCCUCUGCAGGACAGAAAGUUCUGGAGGAAGCCCUCCGAGUCUUCAACCCGAUGUCCAAGGAUCUUUCGGACACAGAGACCCAGCUGGUGGCCUUCAUCCAAGGCCUGAAGGAGGAGGGCUACCAGCCCACGAUUCUGAGGAGUAAGGAUGUGUACGGGUACAGCUCGUGCACGGCAGUCACGCCGAGUCAGACGGGAGAGAACACACAGCGCAACUGUGCCAGCACCACUGAGCCCACCCAGAGUCCAGCCAGGAACUCAGGGGCAAAAGUGGCCCCUUUGCCCACCAGCAUGCCAGUGAGCUCUUUGAAGGUCUCCAAAGGGGAUUCCAGAAAUCUCCUCUUGAGCUCCUUGAAGCAGACAGGAUCUGGCACAUCCAAGGCGGCGACGGUGGGCUUCCCUACAAGCAUGUAUCCUGACGUGUAUCCAGCUAUGAGACUGUCAGUGGUUCUGGAAGCCCUGGUGCCACUGAAAACUGCAACGUCCUGUUUGGAGUCCAAGUACACACAGGGGCGUCUUGGCAUCUCUCCCUCAGACCUUAAACUCCUCAAGACUUCAAGUGCACCAAGGCAGUUUUCUUCAGGCAAGAGCACUAAAAUUAUUGAAGGCAAGGGGUACAAACGUUUGGUUAAGAAGCCACCCGAUUCUGGCAGCCGUGCUUUAAAGCUUCUGAAGGGACCAAAGGGGGGAGUGCUGCAGGAGAGCAACGCCUGCAAAGCCUCCGGAGUUCUCAACGGGAGAUUCGCAGGCAGCUCGUCCCAGGACUGCGCCACAGCACCACAGCCCAAGACCUUGAAAAUCAAAGAUAAGGAAGUUCUGCUGGGAAAAACAGAGUGGAAGGACAGCAGCACUUACCAGGAGGGCACUAGGCAGAAGAAGAGAAGAGCUACAGAGGCAAAAGAAGCACCACAGAGGAAAAAAGCAAAUACCAUUCCUGUCCGAAAGAAAACUCGAAAGGCUCAGAGCACUUUGAACCUGCUGAAAUUCCGGACCAUCAAGGUGGGCAACUCUUCCUCUGAUGAUGAAGUGAGGAGGAGAGCACAGAAGAUUCUUAGGGUCAACUUGUCCCCUGUGAUCCAAAUUCAGCCCUUGUCCCAUUCUCAUAGUGUCCCCUGAAUUUCUUCACUUUGUCACUUUUUUUUGUAAGUAAGUAAAUACGAGCCUGGCACCAGAGCACAGAGAGGCUUAGGAGUGACUCUGUGUCUCUGGUGCCAAUAUGCCCACUAACCUGCAGACAGAGCAGCCCACUCACAUGCUGUUCCUGCCUGUCUGCCACUGCUGUGCAGAACUGGCUGCAGAAAUCCAAACCCCUGUUUGCGAGUGUGGGACAGUGACUGUGGCCAGCAUUGAGCUGAGCAGGCCGGAGAGUUCACUUCUCACCACGCUCCCCUGAACGUGGCAGGCUGUGCUCUUGUGCAGGGGAGAACACAGGACUUUCUCAUAACAUUGAUGCACUGUGAUAUUGCUCUUUUUCAAGCUGUACAUUUACUGGUUUUAUUUUGAUCAAAUUUUAUAACUUUAUUAUCUAUAUAUCUAUAUAUCCAUAUAUGUGCAUAUGGCCCAGGAACUGUGGGAAGAUGCACUUCCUCCAUCCCUUUGGGAUUGGGUUUGAUAGCUUUUGUUCCUCCUUCCCUUCAGCUAGCCUUUUGUUCAAAGGUGCCAGAAUUCCUUUGUGGUUCAUUGUUGUGACAGUCUGUCCUGAGCUCCCUUGAGCAGCUCAGAGGCAGCAGCAGUGUUGCCACUUGUUUGUCUCCAGAAUGCCAAACAAUCUGGAGAAUUACCAGCUGGUAGUUUUAAUCCUGUUUUCAGUAUAACCUCUGCAUAACAGUGGGGGAGUGUCACAGGGCUGCAAGUCUGUCUGACAUCUUUGGGCACCUCCUCCCUUUGUGGGUAGCAGAAGUUUUGAACACAUGGUAGGGAUUUGCCUCCGAAGAGGAUUCCUCCUCAGCACCCAGCAUUACUCUGCUCUCCUAUACCCCAGGUGCAGCUAUGGAUCACAAACUGUGACUGUUAGAGCCAAAGGGCUGGAAUUGUUAGCAUGAACUGUGUAGUGUCCUGCCCCCCAUGUAACUGCUCUGCUGCUGCUGGGUGUUCCAGGAGCAGAUCCCAGGUGCUGGUAGAGAACUGUUGGCUUUGGCUGGAGUUAAACCACGACAGAGACACACGCUGUGUUUGAAUGCUUUAGCUACGUCCUGCCAGUCCCAGACUCAGUGGGAUACUUGAGCCUGAGUUGAAGCAGAAAAGUGAAAAAUUUGGGAGCACAUACACCAGCACUUAAACACAGAGAGUUGCUUUCUGUGGUUUGUGGGGAUGAAGCAGUAGGAGGGGAGAUGGGCAUCAUGUGGGGGGUGGCAGCCUUGCUGUGCCAUCGGGGAUGUUGUGAGAAGGUGUGUGUCAGGUGUGAGAGCUCUGUGUGGAAGGAGGAGUGCAGGCUCUGCCAUCCCUAGGAGGCACUGCAGAACCGCUGCACACGGCUGCUGUCACCUCCCUGCACCGGGGCACGCUGUUGGAUCAGAACACGGCUCUGUGCUCUCUGCACUCCACAGGGAGGGAUCUGCUAAUCCCAGGAGAAACACCUCACUGGAGCAGUUAGUGCUGCUGCUGUCACCUGGAAGGGACAACCUGCUGUCCUGGGGAAAGGA